AUGCCAUCCGUGUCUUCAGGAAAAGACCAGCCCGGAGGUUUUGACUCAACAAGCGUGUCAGCCAACCCGUCCCAGACUGACCCAUCUGCCAAUUCAGCUGCACCAAGGGCCUUGACUACGUUGAAUCCUGAUGGCGUUCCUGAUGCCGUUGCGCCAACCGCCAAUCCCUGGGAAACACCCAGCAGUCCGUCAGUUCCACCAGCCAGCUCUGCUGACAUGUCACGUCCUUCCAAUGCGAUUUCAACCAAUCUUCCAGCCACAAAUGAUUCAUCCCGUUCCCCACCAGGUGCUGGCUUGGGAGGCCCUUCAUCUGCUCCUCUUCACCCCUCCGGAGGAGAUCAAACCGGCAGUGGCAAACCGACCUCACGGACUCUUUUCGAGCCUGCAAGUCCUGAUCCCGAAGCCAGUCCUUCCGCAUCGGCUGCUCAUCCACAAGAAUCGAUCACCUCAAACACCAACCCCACUAACAAUUAG